GGCGCAGAACUGUACGACGGGGAGUUAUGCUCUGGCUGUAAGUACGAACGAACGCGUCAACCGAGUGUCGUGUGGUGAUGUGCUUUCGGUAGUGAAUAUUCAUUCUUUUAGGGGGCUCGAUGGAUCUUAGAUGGAUUUUGAUUAUCGCCCUGCUUAGCGUCAGAGAUACAUUUUGUGAAACUUUUGCCAGUGUACCAUCGGCGUCUAUAGCUCCAUCGGAGGUGGACUGUCAGCCAUACGUAGAGAAAGCCAUCAAAGAAUUAGUUACUCCAGAACCUAUUGGAAGUACAGGGCACGACCAAAAUACUCAAAAUGAAAGCCCCCCAAGUGGAAGCACUCCAAAUGAUGAUGUUACAGGCUCGAGUUCUCAAAAUGGUAAUCCUCCGGAUGAUAGCAGACCGAGUACACCGUCCGAACCGGAAAAAUCCGAAAAAAAAGAAGAAACAACCAGAAGCGAAAUAAAUGUAAGUGAAAGUGAGAACACAAUAAAUGCAAAUGAAAAAAUUGACAAUGUAGUGAUUGAAUUUGAAAAAACUCAACAAGUUGAGUUACCCGAAGAAAAUCAAACGAACAAAACUGAAGAAGAAGAUGAAGAAAUCAACAUCGUAAGUGCGGACGAUGAAAGCCCAGAACCUGAUGUUAUUAACAUUGUCGAAAAUAAAGUAAUAGAACCCGAAGAAAAACCCGUCACAAUUAUUUUGAACAAAGAUCAAAUUAAGGAUAAUGUUGAAAUUAUAGUUGAUGUAGAAACUAUAAAAAUUGAAAAAAAUGAAAAAAUACAAGAACCUAUCAUAGCUGAAGUAAAAGUAGAAGAAAAAAUUGAAAAUAAAGUAAAUACAAACCUAGAAACUCCUAAACAAGUAUUUAAAGGGACAAAGAGAAGAAAUCCAAAAUAUUGGAAAUUUGAUCCAGAUGAAGAAACUGAAGAAGUGGUACCUGUAGUAAAAAAACCAAAGAGAAAUCUAAAAUACUGGAAAAUUGAUCCUGAUGAGUUUCCACCAGAAGAACCACCAAAACCAGUUGAAGUUCCAAAACCACGUAAUCCUAAAUACUGGAAACUCGACCCGGAAGAAGAAAAAUUAUACAACUUACUUAAGGCUAAAAAAGCUGAAGAAAUAAAAUCAGCUCCAAAGAAAAGUAAACGGAAUCCCAAGUAUUGGAAAUUUGAUCCAGAUGAAGAAGAAAUAGAAAAAACAAGCAAAAAAAGUGAAGAUAAUCCCGAAAAAAGUACAACAAAGGAAAAAAUCUCAGAAAGAGAAACUAACCAGAUUUUUAAAGGAACAAAAAAACGGAACCCAAAAUAUUGGAAAUUUGACCCAGAUGAAUUUGUAGAAGUAGAAGAGGUUAAAAAACCAAUCGUAAAACCAAAACGAAACCCUAAGUAUUGGAAAUUUGAUCCUGAUGAAGAGAUUGUUGAAAUUAAAAAACCAGUCGAAGAAAAGAAAGAGGAAAAAGAAGUUAACAAAAAAAAUAAAUACUGGAAUACAGACGAUCAAACUGUAGAAACGCAAAAAAUAGUAGAUAAAAAAGAAGAAGAGCAACCAAAAAAGAAUAAAUAUUGGAAAAAGGAAGAAGUCGAAAAUGUAAAACCGAUAGAAGUAACAAAACCAGAAGAACCAGCAACUAAAAAGAACAAAUACUGGAAAACGGAAGAAACAGAGGUACAAAAAGAAGUGAAAGAAGAAGAUAACACUAAAAAAAAUAAAUAUUGGAAAUCCGAUGAAAAACCUGUGGACGCGGUCCAAGAAAAAUUGAUAGAAACUCAACGAGGUAUGUACUGGAAACUAGAUAACGAAGAAAAACCAUCGAAGGACAAAAAAAUUAAAUCGACUGAAGAUAAGAUCAGAGUCGAAGAAGAUCUAUCAGUUGAAGACUUGACAAUGGACGAAGUUGUGCCAAAAAAUCUAAGAAACAAAAGUCACAUCAAGCAAACGUUAAAAAUAGGCGAAGAGACCGCAUCGCAUGACGGUUUUCUGUCAAAAAUUGUGGACACAACUCUGAAAGAGCUAAAAAAAGUUUACGAAUCGGCUAUCAAACCAUUAGAAAUGACUUUCAAAUACAGGGAUCUGAGUAACAGACAUUUUGGAGAACCAGAAAUAUUCUCCAAGCCACUUAUAUUGUUCAUGGGACCAUGGAGUGGUGGAAAAUCAUCUAUAAUUAACUAUCUCCUGGACAUCGAACAUUCUCAAUUCUCAUUAAGAACUGGAGCGGAACCGUCACCUGCGUAUUUCAACAUCAUGAUGUACAACAACCGAGAGGCGAUCCUGGACGGUACGCAACUAGCGGCCGACUGGACGUUUUCGGGUCUUCAAAAAUUCGGUCAAGGUUUGUUGGACAAACUCCGUGGACUCAAACUGCCUCAUCCUUUAUUAGAGAAGGUGAACAUAGUGGAGAUUCCGGGGAUAUUAGAAAUGCGCAAGCACGUGGACCGCGUGUUCCCGUUCAACGACGUGUGCCAAUGGUUCAUCGACAGAGCUGACAUGAUAUUCUUGGUGUACGAUCCGUCAAAAUUGGACGUAGGCCCGGAGACCGAAGCGAUAUUGGAUCAACUCAAAGGUAGAGAGUAUCAGACCCGGAUACUGUUGAACAAAGCCGACAAGAUCCGCGCCGAGGAGUUGAUGCGCGUGCAGGGCACACUCAUAUGGAACAUCAGCCCGCUCAUGUCCAGCGCGGAACCUCCGGUCAUCUACUCGGUGUCCCUGUGGUCUAACCCGUACGAGAUCGGAUCGCCCGCCCGGCUGCUGCACUCGCAAGAGCUGUCGUUCCUGAAGGACAUCCGGUCGGCCGUCGACCGACGAGUCGAAAACAAAAUCGCCAGUGCCCGACGGUUCGCGGUCCGGGUUAGGAAUCACGCGAAGAUGGUGGACUGCUACCUGACCACGUAUUACAACCACAAGACGUUCUUCGGCAACAAGAAGACGGUCAGCGACGACAUCAUCGAGAACCCGCAAAACUAUCACAUCUACGAGGGACUGAGCACGCUGACCAACAUAUCCCGGUACGAUCUGCCGGACCCAGACGUGUACCGGGACUUCUUCCGCCUGAACCCGGUGUACGAGUUCAAACGGCUGCAAGACACGUGCACGUACUUCCGGGGCUGUCCGAUAAACAAGUUGGACAUGGCCAUCGCGUAUGACCUGCCCGACCUGAUCGGACAAUACAAAAGACAAGAGGAAGAGCUGGUGGUGGUGGCGCCUUAACGUCUGCAGCGCGUAUAAGCGUAACACGUCAUCGAUUAUACAUAAAUAUAAUAAUUCUCUGCUCCUAUCCACCGAGUAUACAUAUAUAGAUAUAUAUUUAUAUAUUUAUA